UAUAGUGCGAUUGAUUUUGCUCGUGCUAUAGCUGGCCGUUUAAGUUAUGGUGUUCUGGAAAUUGAAUCGCCAUUUGAUCGUUUCUUGGGUGGAGAGGAGAUUUUGCGAAAGUUCAUGCAUGGUGAGUUGGUGACCGAUCGCCAAUUUUCAUUUUCAAGAGGAAAAUGUUUCUUCGAUUUGCCGAUGGUCGGAUUUCUCAGACAUUCAAAUUGA